AUGGCUGCGCAUACUUUUCAUCGAGGCACCCCAACAAACGAACACCUUUUUUCGUACACGUCAGGACGAUUCUUGUUUAACGAGGACCGCCGGCGCCAGGAACGCUAUGUCGAGUUCGACGUCGAAGCCUUCAAGGAACUGGCCGCACAGGGCAUUGAGCCUGGCCAUGGCAAGGUCGCACAUAUCGCAAAGUUUGCUGAAGGCGGGUUCAACCGUGUUUUCCUUCUCACGAUGGACGACGGUUUUCAGGCAAUCGCCAAAAUUCCAUAUAAAAUUGCCCUUCCCAAACGCCAUGCGACCGCGAGCGAGGCUGCUACAUUAGAGUUCUUACGCCUGAAGGGUAUUCCAGUGCCAAAACUUUACAGCUACUCUGCGUCGGUGGAUAAUCCAGCUGGAGUCGAAUACAUCAUUAUGGAAAAAGUCAAUGGUGUACCAAUUGAAACGAGGUGGUUAUCGAUGACAAAGCGAGAGAGGCAUACGCUGGCUUCCAGUUUCGUGAGAUUGAGAAAAAGCUCUGGGAAGGUUUCGGGAAAACUGGCGCCGAGCCCUUUGUCCGUCUGUGGAUGUUCAGCGAAACUCGUCCAUCCUCAUCAAGAACGGCCGAAUAAUACGACCGACGCGAAAAGCACCAAUGCGCGCCGGCCCUAG